GUGGGUUGACACGGGGAGAGCCAUUUAACCCCUGUGAUGUGGCUGCCUUAGCUGUUCAGUCUAACGUCGCCCAAAAACAAAUCGCGCCCAGUACGGAUUACAGAUACUACACGUUACUGUGUGCGACAUUGCUGUUACUGGGACAAGAAAGGAGCCGCCAAAACCGGAGACAGCGGAGAACAUGGGAGGAGGACCCGAGCAGAAGCCGAUCCUGAUCGUCGGCGCCGGCGUCAGCGGCCUGCUGCUGGCGCAGUACCUGCGCAAGGCCGGCGCACCGUUCCGCAUCUUCGAGCGGGACGCCGACCUGGCCACGCGCGGGCUUGGCUGGGGGCUGACGCUGCACUGGUCGCUCCCGGCGCUGCGGUCCCUGCUGCCCGAGGACCUGGUCCGCCGCCUGCCCGAGGCCUACGUCGACCGUGCCGCCGUCGAGGAGGGCCGUCCGUCCACAUUCCCGUUCUACGACCUCAGCACCGGCGAGCUCAGGGCCAAGACCCCGCCUGCGCCCGAGUCGCAGCGGAUCCGCGUGACGCGGGACCGGCUGAGGCGGGUAUUGGCGACGGGGCUUGAUAUCGAGUGGGAGAAAGCAGCGAACAAUGUGCAAACCGGCCCGGAUGGGACCGUGACAGUCACUUUCGACGACGGCACCGUCUGCGAGGGCAGUCUGGUGGUGGCCUGCGACGGCGCUGGCUCUCGCAUCCGCGGCGCGCUGUUGCCGGACCAGCAGAGGCACCAGAUCCCCGUGAGGGUGAUGGGCGUCAAAGUCGACUACGCGCCCGACGAGAUUGAGCCGAUGAGGAAGCUGGACCCCUUCUUCCUGCAGGGCACCGCGUCCCAGAACGACUCCUACGUGUACUUCAGCAUCCUCGACGCGCCGGGCAACUCCCCCGAAGGCAACGGCGGCAAGUACACCUGCCAGCUGGUGGUCUCGUGGCCGAUCCGCGACGGCUUCUUCAACCACCGCUCGCCCAUCCCGUUCCCGGAAACCGACGCGGGCGGGAUCGAGCUGAUGAAGAAGUUCGCCGACACCUGGGCCGAGCCGUUCCGGACGCUGGCGCACCGCAUCCCAGACGACACCCCGGUCAAAUACCUCACCCUGCACGACUGGCCACCGCCGAAAGGCCUGCGUACCACCGGCCACGUGGCCCUGGUCGGCGAUGCCCUGCACCCCAUGGCGAUGUACCGCGGCGAGGGCGCAAACCACGCCAUCCUCGACGUCCUCGACCUAGCCGAGCUUGUCAUCGAGCCCCAGCUGCUCCGCACCGGCGAGCAUCCCACCGCCACCAGCGACGACGGCGGCGACGACCCUCUCCGCACCGCGCUGGACCGCUACGAGGACAGGGCCGUGGCGCGGGCCCGCCCGGCCGUGCUGGCGUCGCGGCAGGCCUGCCUGGACGCCCACCGGUGGAGCAGAAUCACCGAGGCGAGCCCGCUGCUGAGCCGCCGGGCGAUGCACCUGGUGUUUGAGGAGAGUGAUUUGAGUGAGCCUUAGCUGGGGGAGGUGGGACAGUGUAUCAUUUAUUGAUAACGUACUCGAACGCAUCAAGCGCCUCAUCAAUUGUCAACCUUUGCCUCCUCCCCCUCGCUGAACCAGUACGCAAAAGAGCUCAGACGCGGCCGCAUGAUGAUGGUAUACUCCACGGACUGCACCAUACAGUCCAGCAGCCUGUCUUUGGUUGGAGCAGGGCUUAAGGUGGCUGCCCCCGUCCAUGGGGUUGCUUGC